CGGAGGGGGCGCCGCGGGCGGGCGAUGUGAGCGCGGCGCGCGGCCCAGGUGAAUUAAUGGAGAAAUGGAAGAUAAAGACUAAGCAAGAGGAAGACGGUUCAGUCAGACCUCAGGAGUGUUAGCUGUGGAGUUGAUGUGAGCUCGUAUUUACGCUGCCUGAUCUUGCUGAGGCGCUCUGGCGAAUUACCGAUGCUCUUUGUCUCUGCAGAUUGCGUCUCGUGUCAGUAGAAAUGGACAGCAGCAGUUUCAUUCAGUUCGAUGUGCCUGAGCACAGCAGCACUGUUCUGAGCCAACUAAAUGAGCUCCGCCUGCAAGGGAAGCUAUGCGACAUCAUCGUCCACAUUCAGGGUCAGCCAUUCCGAGCCCACAAAGCCGUCCUUGCUGCCAGCUCCCCGUAUUUCCGGGACCAUUCAGCAUUGAGCACUAUGAGUGGCUUGUCGAUAUCUGUGAUUAAGAACCCCAGCGUGUUUGAGCAGUUGCUCUCCUUCUGUUACACUGGAAGAAUGUCCUUGCAGCUGAAGGAUGUUGUCAGUUUUCUGACCGCAGCAAGCUUUCUUCAGAUGCAAUGUGUCAUUGACAAGUGCACGCAGAUCCUGGAGAGCAUCCACUCAAAGAUCAGUGUGGGAGAUGUUGACUCUGUCACCAUUGGUGCUGAAGAGAAUCCUGAGAGCCGGAAUGGGGUGAAAGAUGGCAGCUUCUUCGCCAAUCCUGUUGAGAUCUCCCCUCCAUAUUGCCCUCAGGUACGGCAGCCUCCAGUCAGCAGCGAUCUCCGGAUGGAGACGACCCCCACCAAAGCCCUUCGGAGCCGCUUACAGGAAGAGGGGCACUCAGAUCGGGGGAGCAGUGGCAGUGUGUCUGAGUACGAGAUCCAGAUUGAAGGGGAGCACGAGCAAGGGGACUUGUUGGUGAGGGAGAGCCAGAUCACUGAGGUGAAAGUGAAGAUGGAGAAGUCUGACCGGCCCAGUUGUUCGGACAGCUCCUCCCUAGGAGAUGAUGGCUACCACACCGAGAUGGUUGAUGGGGAACAAGUGGUGGCUGUGAAUGUGGCUGCCUAUGGCUCUGUGCUCCAGCAUGCAUAUCCCUACUCCCAGGCAGCCUCACAGCCUUCCAACCUGCCAGAAGCUUUUGGAGGUCAGAGUAAUUCCAGCCCUUCCAGGUCCAUGCUGAGCUGCUUCCGAGGCCGUGGUGCCCGACAAAAGCGAGCUCUGUCUGGUCACCUGCACAGUGACCUGCAGGGUGUGGUGCAGGGGUCCGACAGUGAAGCCAUGAUGAACAACCCCAGUUAUGAGAGCAGUCCCCGGGAGAGGAGUGCAAGGGGUUACUGGUACCCCUACAAUGAGAGGUUGAUCUGUAUUUACUGUGGGAAAUCCUUUAACCAGAAGGGAAGCCUUGACAGGCACAUGCGACUUCAUAUGGGGAUCACCCCCUUUGUGUGCAAGUUCUGUGGGAAGAAGUACACACGCAAGGACCAGCUGGAGUACCACAUCCGGGGCCACACCGACGACAAACCAUUUCGCUGUGAGGUCUGUGGGAAGUGCUUUCCAUUCCAGGGCACCCUCAACCAGCACCUGCGGAAAAACCACCCGGGUGUCACCGAGGUCAGGAGUCGCAUGGAAUCCCCCGAAAGAACAGAUGUGUACGUGGAACAGAAACUCGAAAGUGAUGUGUCAGCCUCAGAAAUGGCUCUAGAUUCCCGGAUGGAAAUCCACACAGUAUCUGAUGCGCCUGACUAAGGUGAUGGAGAUCCCGCACCUGAACAAAGCACACCAGUCGGUGCGCACUUGUGAUUUGCUUUGUUGUAAUCUUUGGUUUCCCACCUUCUGAAAUCGCUGGGUUUCUUGGUAGUUUCUCUGAAGGUCCUGGGUGUGGCACUUGUUGUGUUUACCCUCCUCCCCUCCCCUCCCCAAAGGAGCUCAAAGCAUGAAGGGCAGCGUAUCCAGGGAAAACACAGGCUGACAGUGGGCCUCUGCUGAAGGCUUCUCCCCACUCUGCCAGUGACUCAGCUCUGCAAACUGAAGGCAGGCACUCUCACUGUGGGUGCUAGCCCUGGUGCAUUUUCACGGAGAGAGGUGAGGCUGCCGUCAGCUGAUACAAAUGGGUAACCUUUUCUAAUUUAAAAUUACUUUUAGGGGGUAGUUAGACAAUUUAUAUAUAUAUAUAAUAAAGUGGUUAUUAUAUAUAGUAUAUAUACAUUCUCAAAUUUGGGUUUAUUCUGGUUGAGGUGAAUGUAAGAGGAAUAUAUAAUUUAAUACAAUGUGAACAGAGCUCUGACUCUGUUUCAACCCCACCAAUUAUGUUAGUUCCCCCCCUUUGAUCCCUUACAGAAGAAUGUCAGUAGAUUUUCACAUAUAGUUAGUAAUCAUUGCGUCCAAAUGCAAGCAAAGCAAAUCACAGUGUUCAUAGCUCUGCUUCAUAACAAACACAUAAACCAAAUGCCAUAAAACUCCUUCAACUGUAGUGGGAACCAUUUGGAACUUUUGUUCGCUGUCCAGGAAUGCUGGACAGCGUGCGGUGCUGACCUUUCUACACAGUGUACUGUACACGGCCAACCCCAAAGGAGCAGUGGUUUUCAAGGUUUGUACUCCAAAUCUACCUUCAUUCCGUACUGUAGAAGCAGACAUAGCAGGUCACUGCAUCAGAUCGCUCCACCGUGAGUUAGACUCUCACUAAAGGACAGGAAUUUGUAGCACUUGCCUACACAAUUCUUCAAGUAGUGUUGUGGUUUGUUGUUUUGAUUUCUUUUGGGUUUUUCUCUAUCUCCUCAAACAGCCAGUUCAGGUGCACAACAACUUUUUCUAUGCAGUUCCCAGGGAUACUGCAGAACUUGGAAUUUGUACUUUUUGUAAAGCUAUACUCUACGGGAAUUGCAAGCAAUAUAUCUAUCUUAGUAUUGUGUGUGCUAAUGAGAGCCUCGGUGGCUCCUCCAUUCUCUCAGUGUUUCCUGCUUAAAAAAAAAGUCAAAACCCUCUGAGAUCCUCAGUGUGUCACCAAAUCUGUGUGUAUGUCUCACAUUUUUGGUCACGUGGUGCUAUUUUUAUGUUAAGUAUCUUUUAGGUCAGUAUCGUCUAGAAAAUGUGAAACCUACCAGUAGUAAUGACUUAGUUACUUCCUCUCAAGUUCACAGCUUGAAAAGAAACCUCAAAAGCGUGUGCUGGCAAACGGGUUACUGUCUGAAUUGUGUCUGGUCAGUGCUUUGGAAAAUGUCUGUUUGCUGUUAGGUUCAUAUACACCAACAGGCUUCGCAGAUGGCUCUGGUGCUGUGGACUCAGGCAGAGAGGGCAAUUUGGUAGGCAGUUUGUGGGUCAGGUUUGCAGCUGGCUGCGGAGACAGCAGCACUCUAGUCUCUGGCUGAGUACCUGGGCUCCAAGACCCAGACAAACAGAACCCAGAAACUGAGGACCAACCUCAGAGGCUAGGAGCUAAGGAAUACAGAAAUAGAUGUUUGCUGGUUGCCAUGCUUUUUUGGCUCUUAAAAUGAUAGGUUUGGGGGGAGGUGGUUUUAUUUUUUUUGUGGGGGGAGAUGGG